UACCAACAUUAGGUUUAAACAGUCAGCUUCACUUCCAAUAGCAGCUUGCUUACCCAGCUAAGCGCUGCCACUCUCACACUCUCUCUUCUCUAUAUAUACCACAUCAAUGGCCACAAAUCCACUUAACUCCCCACAAACCCAGCAAUUAAUCAUCAGCUAGCUACAAGGCUGAUCAAGAUGGGCUCGUCGAGCGACACGGCCUGCACCGUCGCCACGGCGCCUCCUUCCCCGACGCCGACGUCGCCGCCGCCGCAGUUGGCUGCGACGACGACGACGGUGGUGCUCAGCCCGUGCGCCGCGUGCAAGAUCCUGCGCCGCCGCUGCGUCGACCGCUGCGUGCUGGCGCCGUACUUCCCGCCAACCGAGCCGCACAAGUUCACCACCGCGCACCGCGUCUUCGGCGCCAGCAACAUCAUCAAGCUCCUGCAGGAGUUGCCGGAGGAGCAGCGGGCGGACGCGGUGAGCAGCAUGGUGUACGAGGCGAACGCGCGGAUCCGGGACCCGGUGUACGGCUGCGCGGGGGCCAUCUGCCAGCUGCAGAAGCAGGUCAACGACCUCAAGGCGCAGCUGGCGCGCGCCCACGCCGAGCUCGCCGGCGCCCGCGCCCAGCACGCCCACCUCGUCGCGCUCCUCUGCAUGGAGAUGGCCGCCGCCGCGCCGCCCCAGCACCCCACCACCACCGCCGCCGCCGCCGCCUACUGCGCCGCCGUCGGCGGCGCCGCCUCCCCCGCCGCGCCCGUCGACGCGCUCUACGUCGUCGACGGUGCCGGCGCCGCCGCCAUGCAAGCGAGCCCCAUCGGCUGGGUCGACGAGCCGCUCUGGACAUGAGCUCGCGGCGAGCUAGCUGGCAUUCGGCGUUAAUUAAUCCCACGAAGAAAUAAUUAACUACUUAAUUAAUCAAGCUGAUCCAAUUAGUACUUAAGUGCUACAAGGUGGUUGAGAUAUGUCAAUUAGUAUAGAGUCAUAUUUAUAUAUAUGUGAGAUAUAUAUAGUAUAUAUAUAUGCAUGUAAUUAAAGUUUAAUUACUUGAUGUAAUAUAUAUGUUACCAAAUGCAAAGUUAACCAAAGGGUUAACUAGGGUGCAAUACUUGAAGAAAUAUAUACUUUGUUAAGUUGGUGUUUCAAAGAACAGUAAGCUAAGGAAAAUAAAUUGCUAGAUUAGGCUACUAAGUUGUACUUUGGUCAUGAAAAACAAUGGAUCUUGUGGAAUAAAAGUUCCAGCAUGUUGAAGCUGCAACAAGAAGUUAAAA